UAAUAAUAUAUCAUAAUGGAGUUCUUUGAUACAUCAGAUAAACAGAAAUAUUUAAAAAAUAAUAAAAUAGUUAAUGCUAUAAAUAAACAGUUUUUGUCUUUGAAAGAAAAUGAUACUAAAAAGAUUAAUCUUCAUUUACACCCGAUCAUUGAUGUGAUACUUGAAAAAAUGAAACAAGAUGAUUUCUUUAAUGAUGUAUUUCAAAGAAAAUUAUUUGGCGGUAGUUAUUAUAAGGGUACGAAAAUUGGUGCAGCUACAGAAUUUGACAUAGAUAUAAUAAUAAAACUAUCUAUUGAUAAAUUUCUUAGAGUAGAGCCAAGUAAUCAUCCAGGUUUUGUUAACAUAUAUUCUGGCUUAGAUAAUUUAACUGAUAAUACACGAAGAAAUAGGUCAAUGAGGAAAUUACUUGAUAAAAAUGGGUAUCUUCACCAAGAAAAGUUUCGUAACUGGAUGGAAAGUAUUUUAUCUGCAGCCGUAAAAACUUUACCAAAGAGGGGAAAUAGAUAUAUAUUAAAAAUAAAAGACAAUGAAUAUACAAUAACAAUAAAAAAGUCCGGACCGGCAUUUACAUUCAAAAUACAUUUUUCUGAUAAUGAAACGGUAGACAUUGAUAUAGUACCAGUGUUAGAGUUUUGCAAAAGUCCACCAAACAUAGGUCAUUUAGAUUCGUAUCGAAAACAAAACUGGUUUGCUGUACCAAAGCCUUUAUAUAAUUAUAAACAAAUUAGUGGAGAAACACAGAUCUCUUGGAGAACAUGUUUUUAUGAACAAGAGAAAGAAAUUUUGUCUAAAAAUGGAUAUAUUAAACAAGUGAUAAAGCUUAUGAAAAAAUUAAGAGAUACCCAAAAGUGGGUAAACCUUUCCAGUUAUUAUAUAGAAACAUUAGCAUUACAUAAAGUUCAAUCUAAUCAAAAUUUAGAAACAAAAUCAUGUACACUUUUAUUUAUGGAGAUGCUACACAAAUUGCAUGAGUCUCUAGUAAAUAAACGCAUAAAUUAUUACUGGGAUUGCAAGCUUAAUCUAUUAAGUAAACUCUCUGAUGAAGAAAUAGUAAAUAUUAGAAACCGAUUGAAAAGAAUCUUAAAAACAAUUCAUAAUUCUAUAGAAAAUGAUGAAUAUAUCAUUGCUUCUUACAUCUUGAAUUCCGAUGAGUUACGUACAUUACAGUUCCAAGACUCUGAAGAAUGUGAGCAACCUCAACCAACAGAAAUAAAGUGCACGAUUAUUUAAUGAUCAUAUUUACUGUGAAAUUCCUUCCACUAAAGUUUUUAAACUAUUUUAAUUUCUCUAAAUACACUUUUGGUAACAAUUUGUUAAACAAAUCUUCUAUAUAUAUAUAUUAUUAUAAUAUAUACACACAUAUGU